AUGAUCCAGAGAGUGGAGAGUAUUGCUAGUAGUGGUGACCGUGUAGUGGUGAACUCUGUGCUAGUGGAAGGAGCUCAGCAGAUGAUGAAUCGCAAGGUGUUUGUGGGGAGGUGCACGGAGGACAUGACGGCCGAAGACCUACGUCACUACUUCAGCAAAUUCGGCGAGGUGGUGGACGUUUUCAUCCCCAAGCCCUUCCGAGCUUUCGCUUUUGUCAGCUUUGCUGACCCGGAGACUGCUCAAACCUUGUGUGGGGAGGACCACAUCAUCAAGGGGGCUAGUGUCCACAUCAGUGGCGCCGCUCCUAAGGCCAGCGAGAAGUACGAUCGUCGCAUGGUCCCGAACCACGGUCACAUGGCGUACCAGGGCUCGUGGGGGCCGGGCCGAGGCGGUAACCCCAACAGCAGCAGCAACAUGAGCGUGGCCACCGGCAUGGGCAACAACAUGGGCAUCGGUAACCUGGGCCUGGGAGCUUUGCAGCUCAACCAUGCCAUGCUGGCAGCGGCCCAGGCAGUCCUGAGCAGCCAGACGGGCUGGGGUCCGCUUGGCCUCACCCAUCAAAGUGCUGGGGCCACCACCAAUGGGGACCCUCUGGCGGCGGUCACUACCACUGCUGCUCCACAUAGCAUGUCGGCCAGCGGGGGCGGCUCCUCCUAUGCUCCGGCCGCCCCCAUGGGCGGGACGGGCACGGCGGCCAGCAACGGCAGCGUGGUGACCCCCGGGGCAGGGGCCACGGCCAACAACAGCUUCCUGGGCUGGGGUAGCCAGACGACGGAGAUGCACCCGGCCCCCGUGCCCCAGCACACGGUGGCCACCAGUCAGAUCCCCAACUGGAGCUCGGUGCCUAAGGCCACCUCGGGAUGGAACUGAUUGGAUUGGAUGGGUGGGUUGGUUGGUUGGCUGUGGCUGGCUGUUUUGGUGUCGCUGAUGUUGCUGUCGCGUCACUGCUGCGUUGUGUGUGGUGUGUGUCGUGUGUGCGUGUGGUGAGGAGGAAGAGGAAGAGGGUGGAUGGAGCUAACCUAGAAGCGCAGCCCCUCCCCUCCCCCCCUCUGACUCGAUGAUAUGAUUGAUGAUUUGAUGGCUGAUGGUGAUGAUGAUGAUGAUAACGGUUACGGCUGUUGUGGAUGAUGAUGAUGAUGAUAAUGAUGAGAUGACAAUGAGGAUGUGGUGAUGAUGAAUUUUGUUUAAUGUUGUUUUGUCUGUUUUUUUUUUUUUAAAAAGAAUUUGUCUUGAUAAUUAGUGUGCGUUUGUUUAAUGAGUUUGUUUGCUUUUUGCGGGGAAAAUUUGAGUGGCUGUUUAAACAGGGGUUGGGUUUUUUACCGUCCCCAACUCCCUUUGUUUCCUUCUAGUUUGUUUCUGCUUUUCUCUGGUUUUUUAAAAAUAUUUUUUUUAAAAAAUUUAUUUAUACUACUAUUUUUAAAGCUAAGAUUUGAUUGCAUGAUGCUGUUUUAUUUUCUCCUUCCUUUUUGUGUCAGAACUCUCUUGAUAUAUAUAUAUAUAUAUGUAUCUGCGUUAUAGCUAAAGAUUGAAUACUACUCCUUUACUUCGCAUGAAAAACAACCUCAUUCUGAAUUGGUUGGGGGAAUGUAGUGAUCUUCUCUAAAGUAAAGUAUAGCUGAAGCUCGUGCUUUUGCCUUUUUAAAUCUUUAGUGUAUUUUCUUACGCUAUUUUUAUUUAACCUUUUACUUGGUUGAAAGUAGUAGAUUUACGGCUCAAUAGAUGGGACUGGAAAGAAAGUCAUUUGUACGAUUGGAAAAAAACCAAAACAUUUUUUGUGUGCAGAGAUAAAAUAUAUCUGAUGAAAAGUGUGGAAGGAUUCAGGUAAAUGUUUUUUUUUUUUGUUGGAAGAGUAUGUGGCAACAGGGCGUACGUAUACUGAGGACUAACUUAUGAGGCAAACACUUGAAUAUUCAGUAUCGAUAUAUGCAUCCGUGAAAUUUCCAUUGAUUUGAUUCAAUCUUUCAAAAUGGCAAAAGACAUAUAAAAAGAAAGCAGUGCAGCUUACUCGGAGAAGAAUGAGAGAUCAGAUUGAAAGUUGGAAGUAAGUCGUUGGGUUUUGCAAGAGUUUGUGGUACCAAGGGUUUUUUCCCAUACUUGUUGAGCGUGUUAGGUACCCUGUGGUGAUUACAUCUCCCCUCCUCGGAUGAUCAAGUUGAUGGAGGGCUGGCUAUGUUUUUACCAAUGUUCCCCCCCCUCUCCUCAUAGACUCGGUGCUGUAAAUCCCCCCCCCCCCCCCUCCUCAAGUUCAUUGAUUGACAGACUGCUUGCAGCAUUUUUAUUUACUCGUUGAAACUACUGAUGAUAAUAAUGAGAUGCGUGCAUGAGUUUUGUCCUCUUAACUCUAAAAAGAAUCUGGAUGACGUGGCGGUUGACCACAGGUUUUUUUUUUUGAGUGAUGUUUUUACCUUGAGUAGUUUUGCUCAGCUCGUUGAUACAUGAGAGGGGAUGAAGAGGACGACGAAAAAAAGUUGACAAAUAGAGUGAGAGAAGUUCUGAUGAUGAUGAUGAUAAUGGUGAUGAUGUUGUUCUCUGGAGAGUGUGUUAUAAUGAGGGAAGAUAGUGUCUGGGUCUUGUGCAUGCUUUAUACUUAAAGACGACUAUGAUGAUGAUGACGACGAUAUAACUCACUGCCUCACACUAGAUAUAUGGGAAACCUCGAGAUAAUUUGCCUGUCGCUGCAAGGAAGUGUGUAAGCGGGCCUUGGAAGAACAGAGUACCGUUUUAUAUCGGGGACAACCAGUGACUCUUGUAUUUCAUGGUGUAAAUUCAGCAUUUACCUCAUAGUUUUUUGUUUUUUUUAACAAAAAUUUAUCGUUUUGUGGAAUGUUAUGAGGAUGAAGUUAUAUCUGGAUGUACCUGCAGUCAGUUAGAUUUUAUUUUUGCCCUCCCCCUUCCAUAGAUUUUUUUCUUCUUCUCUUUAAAAAAAAAAAAAGUAAAAGAUAGGUUGUCCAUAUUCAUCUUUUUUUUUUUUUUCGUCUUGAAAAUUGAUUUUCCAUGUAACAUUUCUCUCCUCACUUUUGUACAGAAACUGUGCCUUGUUCUAUCUCCUGAGAUGGGAAAAGUGCACUGGUCUAUCAGUUUGGCAUCCCAGAUUUUGAAUGUAGCUAGUAUUUUUUUAGUUACCUCCUUUUCUUUAUUGUUGAAUAUAUUUUGCUACAAAUUUGAAUUUUAAAACGUUUGGGUUUUUUGUUUGUUCGGUGAUGUAUUUAAAAACACUGUUUUUUGUCUUGAUUUUUCUUUUGUUUUUGUUCUUUGACUCUGCUAUUGCAAUAUGAAUCUUGAAUGUAUUGCUCUUGUUUUAAUGUGAAGUUCCCAUGUGUAUUGGUGUAUUCUGAUUCUAUGGUAUCAGUGAUGUUUGUGUGGAAAAUAAUGAACAUUAUGAUAUAGUCUAUACCAAGGAAGCGAUAAAACUGUGUGUAUAUAUAGUGAUGUCAGUGUAGGUCUCUCAGUGUCUCUCUGUCCUGUCUGCGAGUCUAUUCCUGGUUGGUUUCUUCUUUGAAAUUAAAAAAAAGAAUAAAAAAAAAAAAGAAAUAUUU